AUUUAUUUUCUCCAGAAACAUGGGUGACUCAACAAAUGCGACGUCAUCUCCCAACCUCCGACCCUGUGAUGUUGUCAGAACACCAGUCCAUGCUUUCUUUGUGGUGGUUUACAGUCUGUUGUUUCUGGUAAGUUUCAGAUUUUCACAUGUGCUCAAGACAUGGAACUUCAGCACACCUGCUCUGGUACAAAUUGGUUUAAGGUUCUCUGUGCAUCUACCAAAGUCCUGCCUUCCCCAUCCUUUCUGCACCGCAUUCAGGUGGGUUUACUCCUCAAUGGCUUCAUCAUGAAGUUUUACUGUUGUCGGGCUCAGCAGCAGGCAUCGAGCAGCUUGAUGGUCUACCUGAAGAACCUGACAGCUGCUGACUUCCUGCUCUGCCUCUCUCUGCCACUGCGCAUCGCCCACUAUGCCAGCAGCUCUCCUAUUGUUCAGGAGCUCUACUGCAGCUUUGGAGCUUCUGCCUUGUACCUCAACAUGUACGCCAGCAUCAUAUUUAUGGGGUACAUUGCUGCCAACAGGUAUCUGAAGAUCGUCCAUCCUUCAGGAACUCACGUCCUGCAGACAGUGCGAACUGCCCACAUCAUCUCCAUGGUCACCUGGGUUUUUCUUCUGGCUGCAUCAAUUACAUACACCAUCCUGUUUUUCAUCACCAAGAAACCACUGACCUCAAACUCCAUCAGGUGUGGUUAUAUGUUAAGGACAUCGGUCAACCUGUUCUCCAAAAUUACCCAUGUCAGCUGCACCAUCAUCUUCCUCGUGGUCUCCAUAUCCCUGGUCUUCUUCUACUACAGCACCUCCUGUAGGGUGUUGCAGGCACAGCAGAGGCAGCUGGCCUCCUCUGGCUCUGAGAAGCUGGUGAAGUCUCGCAGGAACAUGUUGGUGCUGGUCAGCAUCUUCUGUGUUUGCUUUGUCCCCUAUCACCUCGUUCGACUUCCCUAUACUUUUCUGUGGAGCAGCUGCUCUGUUGGUUCAGUGUUGUACUACCUGAAGGAAGUGGCCACCAUGGUGUCAGUUUUCAACAUCUGUCUGGACCCUCUUGUUUACUUUUACCUCUGUAAGACUUUUCGGACUCAGGUGAACCUGAGAAAGGCUUUGAGGGGGAAGAACAUCCAACAAGCAAACCAGGAGAGUGAGAGCAGGAAGGAGCAGGCUGACAUUGUUACAGCAACAAGUUAAACCAAUGAGCUUUAAGGAAAAGUUCAACAUGUUAAUAAAUGCUAAGAUGUACAUUUGUUUUGAGAGUCAGAUGAGUUCAGUGAUGUGAUGGAUCCCAAGUCUUCAUGAACUCAGCACAAACACACUCCCAUGCAGAGAACAUGCGUGUUCAUGUUUCCACUGUCAGACUUUAUCUUCUCAGUCUUUGAGGUUUUCUCAUCUUCUGCUGAUGUCACAAAACCAAAUAUCAUUUUUCUCAUUCAAAUCAUGAUCUCAGCCUGCUCAAAGGUUGUGGUUUCUCCUCUGAAUCUUAUCAGCAGGUUCAAUCAGCAGCUUUUAAUUUAUUUAUAAAGCUUAGCAGAAGUAGUCAAACACAUGUCAGACACUGAAGGAACACUCUCUACUCUCUACUCUUUAUUUCAGUUGUAAUAAAGUCCUGUGACACAGUUUCACAGUAAAAGUCGAUAAAUGGUCCCCCUGUAGUUGUAACAUUUUCUUUUUUAUCCUGCAGUUGUGUAACAGGAACUAACAGCUUUGUGGGUGUCCAGUUUCCCUUGGGGCUGUAACUUUUAUGAUAUUCAUCGUUUUAAGCCAAUUUGAACCAUCUUGUGGUUUCAGCGUGAUUUGAAUCAGCUCAGCUAUCUGUCACCUCUCUGGUUCACACGAAUAUCCUUUAUCACUACUGUGAGUGUUUUCGUCUUUCCCUUAAAGAGAAGAAAAACAGUCAAAAUAUGAACCGUAUAUCAGGGGUAGCAGUAGUUACUGUAGCUAACUGUGAAAUAUUGCCACGCUUGCAGCUGUAAAUGGCCAAUUAUCAUUCAUGUUCUCCCUGAAAAUGUCUUUAUGUGUGCAUACAUCAGUAUAUCCUCACAAUACACUUUAUUGUAACACUUGGAAGAACAACUGCGCUCUAUCUUUGGGUCUGCACCGUACUCAGUGAUGUGCUGUUAACAACACUCUACCUAUGUGUCACAGACUCCAAGCUCUGCUGAGGCGCUCGUCUUUGACACAAGUUACCACACCAAUCACUUCCUGGGUGGUCUCUUUCACAUUAAAAGCUUAAUUUGUGCUUAUG